UGACGAGGACUCGCUGGCAUAACAGCGGGGAGCCAGGUACCCUAAUGAAAACCCUCCGUACAUGCCAUCAUCAACCUUCGAACCUCUAACAACUGGUUGACAGUGAUGAGAAGGACCUCGCGACAUGGUGCUGUGUUGCGGCCACAUAAUCUAGGAUGAUAGGAGGACAAGUUGCCGGUGCAAUUUUCAGCGUGGUUAUGCUGUGCGGUAUCAGUGAAUCUUCUGUUGAUACCUAUGAGACCAAUGCGGUCAAUAUAAUGAAGAGAAACUUUCCUGAUUGGGAAGUGAGUGGAAACAACACUAUCGCCGCAUGCGUCUAUGAUAUCCUAAAGCCUUGCGUGGCGAAUUACACACCAUUGUACUGCCAAGGCGAAGUACGCAGAUUUAGUGCCUACUGUAAAUCGUAUGCCUAUACGACACAGCGAGAAGUCGAUUUCAAGCACAUUUUUGAAAAGUACUCAAAAUGCAGAAGUUGCUUGGAUGACUUUAAGAACAGAGCCGACGCAUUUUUGAACGGAAUCUACAUUUACAGCGAAACCGAAGCGAUUAUGCGAGACUACCCCCACUUCAUCUCGGUGGCCUCAUCAGAGUCCGACUUCAACGGAAUGUGCCAAGCUCUUCAAAGGGUCGGCUGCAUCAGCUGUAACAGUUAUACCGGAGAAAUUUCGCAAGACUAUUCCUAUAUGGAGUACCUUCCAAAUAACCAGAACUCGAGGAUCGCAAGUACUUUAAAGAUAUUUGCCGACAACACCUUUGAUUUUUUUAGAAGAGAUGACAAACAACCCUCUUCCGGCCAAUACGGACACUACAUAUUGGUCGAAAACACAGGAGGCUGCUUCAUUGUUCAACGGAUAAUUGAUGGGGAACCAAAAUGGAAGCGGGCCUACGCCAGCAGCAGUUUGAACGAAAACAGAAAGAAAGCUUGUGCGAAACGAAUCGAGGAAAAUGGCAAGGUUUACUAUAUGUGUAAGCCUUAAACCAUUUUGCCAAUGAAAAUAAAUCGCUCGUUUUCGACAAUAC